GAGAAACGUACCGAGGCCAUUCCCUGGUGUUACAUGUUCGAAACCAAACCCUAGAGCACUGAUCGCUCAUCUAUUCCCCAUCUUCUUAUCAUCGUCAACCAAUCAUGGGUUCAGAUGCAGACAUGGAGGAUUAUGGAUUCGAGUACUCCGAGGAAGAACCUGAGGAGCAAGAUGUGGACAUUGAAAAUCAAUAUUACAAUUCUAAAGGUUUUGAAUCAGUGAACUUCCUUUUCACAACUYUUUGUUACCCACCUGGAUUCUUCAAAUCAAACCUGUAUAAUGGAUGCAUAGUUGUCUGCUUUGAUGCAAUUAAACAGUGCAAAUCAAAACUGAGGGGAUUCAAAGCACUUAAACAGACUGUCAAGCUUUAUUAUCGUUUAGGGAGGUACAAGGAGAUGACAGAUGCAUAUAGAGAGAUGUUAACUUACAUUAAAUCUGCAGUGACCCGAAAUUAUAGUGAAAAAUGUAUAAACAAUAUCAUGGAUUUUGUAUCUGGGUCUGCCAGUCAGAACUUUGGUCUUUUACAAGAGUUCUAUCAAACCACCUUGAAAGCACUUGAAGAAGCUAAAAAUGAGAGGUUGUGGUUCAAGACAAAUCUUAAGCUUUGCAAGAUCUGGUUUGACAUGGGCGAGUAUGGGAGAAUGAACAAGAUUUUGAAGGAACUACAUAAAUCUUGUCAACGGGCAGAUGGGACUGAUGAUCAAAAGAAAGGAACUCAGUUAUUGGAAGUGUAUGCAAUUGAAAUCCAAAUGUACACUGAGACGAAGAAUAACAAAAAACUCAAGCAACUGUACCAAAAAGCACUUACCAUAAAAUCAGCGAUUCCUCAUCCUAGGAUCAUGGGCAUAAUACAUGAGUGUGGCGGCAAAAUGCAUAUGGCAGAGCGCCAAUGGGCAGAAGCAGCUACUGACUUUUUUGAAGCUUUUAAAAACUACGAUGAAGCUGGGAAUCAACGAAGAAUACAGUGUCUUAAAUACUUGGUACUGGCCAACAUGCUUAUGCAAUCCGAAGUCAAUCCAUUUGAUGGGCAAGAAGCAAAGCCAUACAAAAAUGAUCCUGAAAUCUUGGCGAUGACAAACUUGAUUGCAGCAUAUCAACGGAAUGAAAUAUUGGAAUUUGAGAAAAUCCUCAAGAGUAACAGAAGAACCAUCAUGGAUGAUCCCUUCAUUAGAAAUUAUAUUGAAGAUCUUCUGAAAAACAUCAGAACUCAAGUCUUACUCAAGCUCAUCAAGCCAUACACAAGGAUCAGGAUCCCCUUCAUAUCAAAGGAGCUUAACGUUCCAGAGGCUGAUGUCGAACAGCUGUUAGUCUCGCUGAUAUUGGACAACAGAGUUCAAGGCCAUAUCGAUCAAGUUAACAGGCUGUUGGAGUGCGGCGACAGAUCAAAGGGAAUGAAGAAAUACACUGCUGUGGAGAAAUGGAACACACAAYUGAGGUCACUGUAUCAAAGUGUUAGCAAUCGAGUUGGUUGAAAAUUGAAGUUGUUUAUUUCCAUUGGCAUAUUUUGUUCAUCAUGUCAAAUUCAAAUUAGUAAUCUGAACAGAACACACCAGGGUUGAUGUGUUUUUUAGAGGGAACACUUGUUGCAAACCUAAAAUGCUGUCUUCUUUUGCAGAGUGAAUACUAUCUGAGGUAUAUUAUUACUUACUAUCUUCUAAAA